AUGCAGCGCUGUGAUUGGACGAUGGAUGCUUGUCAGGAAGAAAGCUGCUGUGUUGAGGCCGAAAACUCAGACACAAGCAGGACGAUACUGGACUGCCUCAGUGGAAGGGAUAUAUAUUUGACUAGACACCAAGAAGGAAUUUGGGCUAACUGAGCUUCAGCAGAGCCCCGACCGGGUCUCCGUGCUCCUGCUGUCGAGGCCGCCGCGUUCCGUUUCUCCUCCCCGACAGUGUGUCGCUGCCUGCCGCAGGUUACAGUAAUCCAGACCCGCUGCUGUUCAUGGAUUGCGAGGAGAGCGAAGCUGCUGUGUGGCGAAGCAGACACCGCAAAUCUGUCUGAGAUUGUUGAAGGAAAGAUAACGACUCAGAUGUUGCUGCUGACGGACGAGGCUACCAGCUGAGGAUAAACAUCCCGAUAAAGAUCCAACUACAUGGAACCAGUCAGCGGCGGACCACCGUCUCGUUUAGCGCCAGCAGAACUGAUAUGAAUGACCUAUAGACGCCAGUCUCUGUUUGAAGCAGCACCGUUGUCUUCAUUACCAGGGCAGUAUUUAAUGAAGGCAUUCUAAAAGCAGCAGUUUAAAGCCUCUGCAUCAGUGCCAUGAAUCAGCCUGGACAACAGCUGCUACCCACAUAGAGGUCAUUUUACCUCUCUUUCCAUUCGCUUCGGACCAAAGGAUGCUGGGAAUGUGUCGUGGGCGCAGGAAGUUCCUGGCGGCCUCUCUCGCCCUGCUCUUCAUCCCAGCACUCACCUGGCUUUACCUGUCAGUCGGGAGCUUUCAGGUGAAACCCCUCCACUUAUCUCCAUUGGAAGCCCAAUCAUCGCCGGUGGGCGGAGCUGGCGAGCGACAGGCCUUAGAGCUGCGGGUCCGGGCAGUGGAGGAGGAGAACCGUGCUCUGCGCCGGGAGCUGAGCCGGCCCCCCAGGGGCCCGUCUGCACGCCAUCCAAACGGUGGUCACCGCAGCAACCAAAGUCGAACCCAUUCAGAGGAGGGCACCGGUGAUAAUGAGGGCCAGAAGGCUGCUGCGGUGGUGGGAAACAGCUCAGACUGUGUGCAGCAGCCAGUGGUGGAUAAGUGUGAGACCAUCCACGUGGCCAUCGUAUGUGCAGGUUACAACGCCAGUCGAGACGUGGUGACACUGGUCAAAUCUGUCCUUUUCCACAGACGGAAUCCACUACAUUUCCAUUUCAUCACAGACUCCAUUGCUCAGCAGAUCCUGUCCUCUCUGUUCCAUACCUGGAUGGUCCCUGCAGUCAAGGUCGACUUCUACGAUGCAGAUGAGCUAAAGUCUGAGGUGUCAUGGAUCCCCAACAAACAUUACUCUGGAAUCUACGGCCUGAUGAAGCUGGUGCUAACUAAGACGCUGCCGUCCGUCCUGCAGAGAGUCAUCGUCCUGGACACAGACAUCACAUUUGCCACUGACAUCGCUGAACUCUGGGCUGUCUUCCACAAGUUCAAAGGUCAGCAGGUUCUUGGUCUGGUGGAGAACCAGAGUGACUGGUACCUGGGGAACCUGUGGAAAAACCAUCGACCCUGGCCGGCUCUGGGCAGAGGCUUCAACACUGGGGUAAUUCUGCUUCUCCUGGAUCGUCUGCGGAAGCUGAAAUGGGAGCAGAUGUGGAGGCUGACUGCAGAGAGAGAACUAAUGAGCAUGCUGUCGACCUCCUUGGCAGACCAGGAUCAAGGUGAGGCACAACUCAGGGGGGACAUGUCAGUACCCUUAUUUGAUGGCUCCACACGUGAUGAGAUGGUUCUGGUCUGCCAUUGCGAAGAUGGUUCCAAUGCUCUGAGGACUGAGGACAUCUUCAACGCUGUGAUCAAACAGAACCCGUUCCUGGUUCACCAGCUGCCCUGCUUCUGGAACGUCCAGCUGUCCGACCACACCCGCUCUGAGAAGUGCUACAAAGACGUGUCAGACCUCAAGGUGAUCCACUGGAAUUCUCCCAAAAAGCUGCGGGUGAAGAACAAGCAUGUCGAGUUUUUUCGGAAUCUCUAUCUAACCUUUCUGGAGUACGAUGGCAACCUGCUGCGGCGAGAGCUGUUUGGCUGUCCCAGCGAGGCUGACCACAACAGUGAAAAUCUUCAGAAGACUCUGUCAGAGCUGGACGAAGAUGAUCCUUGCUACGAGUUUCGCCGAGAACGGUUCACCGUCCACCGAACGCACCUCUACUUCCUCCACUAUGAGUAUGAACCCAGCUCUGACAACACUGACGUCACACUAGUCGCCCAGCUUUCUAUGGACAGGCUCCAGAUGUUGGAGGCCAUUUGUAAGCACUGGGAAGGCCCCAUCAGCCUGGCCCUGUACCUGUCCGACGCUGAGGCCCAGCAGUUCCUGCGCUACGCUCAGGGCUCCGAGGUGCUGAUGAGCCGUGGGAAUGUCGGUUACCACAUCGUCUACAAAGAGGGACAGUUCUACCCAGUCAACCUGCUGCGUAAUGUGGCCAUGCGGCACGUCAACACACCCUACAUGUUCCUGUCUGACAUCGACUUCCUGCCUAUGUACGGCCUGUACGAGUACCUCAGGAAGUCAGUGGUGCAGCUGGACAUGGCCAAUGCCAAGAAAGCCCUGGUGGUUCCAGCCUUUGAGACGCUGCGAUACCGUCUGUCUUACCCCAAGUCCAAAGCUGAGCUUCUCUCUCAGCUGGACAUGGGCACACUCUUCACCUUCAGGUACCAUGUUUGGACUAAAGGCCAUGCACCAACUAACUUUGCCAAAUGGCGAACAGCCACCACGCCCUACAGGGUGCAGUGGGAAGCCGACUUUGAGCCCUACGUCAUGGUUAGGAGGGACAGUCCUGAGUAUGACCGCCGCUUUGUGGGUUUUGGCUGGAACAAGGUGGCUCACAUCAUGGAGCUGGAUGCACAAGAGUAUGAGUUUGUGGUUCUGCCCAACGCCUACAUGAUCCACAUGCCUCAUGCACCAAGCUUCGAUAUCACUAAGUUCCGCUCCAACAAGCAGUACCGGGUCUGCCUCAAGACCCUGAAGGAGGAGUUCCAGCAGAACAUGUCACGGCGCUACGGCUUCGCUGCCCUAAAAUACAUGACGGCUGAGAACAACAGCUAGCCACCACUGCAGACCCUCACUCCCCCGGCCCUGAACUACUGACACACUCCAUGGGCUGGGGAAGGGGGGGUUGGGGGGGGGGGUCCAAUCAGCAGACUUUGAGACUUUGUUAGAAUGUUUGACCCUGAGUGUGGGUCUUCAUGUCCAUUCUUGUGGAUGUAAAAGCUGUGAAAGAGGACAUGAACCCCAGCUAGGCCCGGUGCCGACCUCUGGCCCUGACAUCUGACACACAGCGGCCGAGGAAAGCAGACAUUGCCAUAUUUGUAAGGCCAGUGAGUAACAUUAUGUAUGUGUGUGAGAGUGUGUACGUGCAGGUAGAGGGAAAGUGUGACUGUGUGUUUGUUCCUCCAGGACAGUGCUUUGCAAAAAGCUUCAGGAGAGUUGAAGAUGUGAAGCAUUGUGGGCUUACAUUCUGUUUGCACACCUUCCAAGUGCCAACAAAAAGCAGCAGCGGUCUGACUGACAGCACGCCCCGACUCAAAUGCAAAUCGUCACCAGGCGGGCGAGAUAAGACAAAGCGGUAAACAUGUUCACACAGAUUUUUGAAAUCACAUUGUGACGGGUGUCACACACUCGGACAUUGGGGCGAGCAGCCAGCCAGCCGACCAUUGCUGUUGCUUCAUGUGCUUCAUAGCUGAUGCAGAUCAGAAUAAAUCAUCCUCCUCAUAUGACAAGAGAAGUGAAGUGCAAAGAUGGCUGGAGGUCAUCCAUGCGGUUGAUAUUCAUGGUAUCUCCACAGCCUGACCAUGCUGCUAGAGUGUUCCCAGUAUUUGUUACCACUACGGAAUGUGACUGCAGCUGUGCAGUGGGCUGUUUGAUGUAUUUUAAAUUAACGCCAGUGCAGUCUGCACAAACACUUGCUUCAAGUCCUGUCAGUUUGUGAAGCUGCCCCCCCACCACACCGAGCAGCACGAGGCAAAGAUGCAGCAAUCACUGAAAUCAGUCUUAUUUAUCAGUGUGUUUACAGUCCUGAUGGGUGAAGCGAGGAGGCGUAGUGUGUCUGAGGAGGACAUAAAGAAACUGUGAAAAUCACCCACUUGCAUUGCAGAGAGACGCUCUUUCUUUCACUCUUUCUUUCUCAAACUGGCCUCUACUUUGAUGAUGGUAAUGCUGCAGCAGUGCGUGUUCUCCUGUUUGUGACGCACACUGUCAGGCUGGGCAUGGUGAUCCGGAUGUGGGUUUGACCAGCUGUUACUACGGCUGUAGCACCUGUGGCGGACACAUUUCCACCCAGUUAUCUGGAGAGGACACUCGGACUGAUUACUGACAGUCGCAAUGAUAUUAUACUCGUACUAUAUCAUCACUGUUGAGCAUCGACAUCAGGAUGUCUGUUACUAUAUGAUGAGAAAAGUUGGAAAAAAUCAUAACAGAAAUAUGAUGGCAUUGUUAUUAGUGCUGGGCAACGAUUACAAUUUUUAAUGGCGAUUAAUCGCAUUGUUAUGGCAAAGUUCAAUAAUGAAU